AUGCCAUCUCGCAGUCGAUCAAGACAUCGAUCUCCUUCACCUUAUUCUCGUAAAGAAAGACACAGCCGUCGAUCUCCUUCACCACGCUAUCGUCGUCAUCGCGAUCGUUCUCAUGACUCCCCUCGACGUUUUCGUAACGACGAUCGAAGCAGAGACCGUCGAUCUCCUCCUCGUCGGUCUGGAAGAUACUAUCAGGAUGAAGAGAACAUUGAUGGAUUCCCAAGAAUGCCAGGAGAGACUUAUAUGGAAUAUCGUAAACGUGUGAGAGAUUCCAGUACAGCUACGAUUUGGGCACCUUCUCCAGAACCACGACGACGAUCAUUAACACCAGAGGAAACUUCUCGUUCCAAACGCAGACGUCGAUAUUCGGAUAGUGAGGAUGAUGCAGAAUCAGAUGAUAGCAGCAGCGAUGAUGAUCGACGUAGAAGACGACGCAAGCACAAGAGCAGAAAAUCUAGCAGCAGCAAAAAGAAGAAAUCAUCGCAUCGAAGAUCAUCCAAGAAAAAGAGAAGACGUUCGAUCACACCAUCAGAUACAGAAUCAUCUGCUGCAAGUGAGAGCGAGAAUGCUGCUGCCAAACAGCUCCAAGUGGAUCAAUCUCAAUUGGAUGCCGUCGAGGAUUUAUGGGUGGAGAAAGAAGUUAAUAUACCUGAUGAGGAUAAUACGAUAGUGGGUCCGGUCAUGCUUCCCAAAGAUGAUGAUAUGCCCGAUGAGAGAGCUUAUGGUGGUGCACUCUUGCCUGGUGAAGGUUCUGCAAUGGCAGCCUAUGUCCAACAAGGCAAACGUAUUCCUCGACGUGGUGAAAUUGGUUUAUCCGGUGAUCAGAUUGCCGACUAUGAGAAUGCAGGUUUUGUUAUGAGCGGUAGCAGACAUCAACGCAUGAAUGCUGUUCGUAUGAGAAAGGAAAACCAGGUCAUCUCAGCCGAAGAAAAGCGAUUACUGCUUCAACAUGCUCAAGAACAAAGAAUGAAGCGAGAGAAUGAGAUCAUCUCAGGUUUCCGGGAGCUAUUGGAUGAGAAAUUUGAAAGCAACACACCUGGAGGUGGUUCGUAG